GCAAUGAGGUAGGAACCUAUUUCAGUGGUAGAGUCCCUGACCAGCACCCAGACUUUAUUUUUACUUAACAUAUAUCGGGGAUCUUCUGUAGCAGCUUCCUCAUUCUUUAAGGUGCUUUAGUUGAGAAAGGACACGUGAUUUAUCUUUGCCCAUUCAAUAGCAGGGUAUUGACUAGAUCAAUCCUAGGUUUUCUGAACUUUAAUAUGAAAUAGUUGAAAGGGUUGACAUUCUUCGCUCUGCUAUGACUAUUUCUAGCACGAAGGUUCUCCACCCCCAUCCGAAGUUGCAUACUCUUCCAGUCAUCCCGUCUCAUUUUUGCUGAGUCAAAUGUACAACAACCGGAUGAUAUGGCUCAGAUGUCCCUUAAGCACGAAAGACGAAAAAAGAAGGGUGUAUGAUAAGGGCGUAGAGUUUAUUCGCUGUUUGAAAUUGAUGGUGUGUGUGUAUCUUUAUUUCCCAUAAACCACAGCUAGAAUCUUCUCCCUCUGCUUGGGAUUUGCAGGCGAGGGGAGAGGUCCAACUAGCUCCUUCAGAGAUGAGCACACACUUCAUGGUUUACAGGGAGGCCACACCUAAAAAUCUUCAAGAGCUGCUUCUGGUUUCUACUUCGUCUCUUGGGGUGAGCAAGGCAGACCGGACUACCAGGGCUAACGGAGCCUGUAAGAGCGAUCCUUGCCUGGCCGGCUUCUGCAGGCUGUGAGCUAAAUGCAGUUCAGAGAGGCGGCUAUAAAUAGUCAUUCAUUGUCAGUGUGUGUGAAAAGACAAGAGUGAGUGUGCUGGUCUGAUUCAGGCCCAGUUAAACGGCUGUCUGGACAGGACUAUAAACGAAGUCCGCAGGCAACGCCAGGGGCUGGACACUCACCGAAGGGAAGCUGUUCAACGCCGGAGUCGCCUCUGCUAUGGCAAAAAUCAUCUUGAGGCACCUCAUAGAGACCCCAGUGCGUUAUCAGGAGGAGUUUGAAGCUCGGGGCUUGGAAGACUGCAGACUGGAUCAUGCUUUAUAUGCACUGCCCGGGCCAACCAUCGAGGACCUGAGGAAAGCCAGAGGCACGCCACAGGCUCUUGCAGAGGACUCAGCCUCCACCGAGACGCCACCCAGAGAAGGCAAAUCCCGCUUCCAGAUCCUGCUGGAUGUGGUCCAGUUCCUGCCCGAGGACAUCAUCAUCCAGACCUUCGAGGGCUGGCUGCUGAUCAAAGCGCAGCAUGGGACCAGAAUGGACGAGCACGGCUUUAUAUCCCGGAGUUUCACCAGACAGUACAAACUGCCAGAUGGCAUCGAAACCAAGGAUUUGUCUGCCAUCCUCUGUCACGAUGGAAUUUUGGUGGUGGAGGUAAAGGAUCCACUAGGGACCAAGUAAAACCUUAUUGGUUCUUGUUCAUAUGACAGGAGAAAGAUGGAAGCCAGCGACACCGGGGAUGUUUAACUUUUGAGAUGGUUUGCUGUAACUUUUAUGAGGAUUAAAAACAUAUCCACAGUU